GCGCGCCGAUCUCUCUCGACUUCUCUACCACCACGCCCCCAGCCAUGCCCGACACCCUCACGCUCCCCUCGCCCGCCGACUUCCACGUGCAUCUGCGCGCCGCGCCGCAGACGGCGCUGCUCGCGCCCCACGUGCUGGCCGGCGGCAUGCACCUGGCAUACGUCAUGCCCAACCUCUCGCCGCCCCUCACGCUGCCGCAGCACACCGUCGCCUAUCUCGCCCACCUGCGUGCCCUGGCUCCGGAGAUCGACAUCCGCGGCACCUUGUUUCUUUCGCCUGCUCUCACGCCGCAGCUCAUCCGCGAGGCGGCACAGGCUGGCAUUGCUGGCGUCAAGUCGUACCCGCGCGGCGUCACCACGGGCUCCGAGGGCGGCAUUGAGAGCUACGAAGUGUACUACGACGUCUUCGAGGCGAUGCAGCAGCACGGCCUCGUGCUCAAUCUGCAUGGCGAAGUGCCGAGUGAUGCCAGCAAGAACAUCUCCGUCCUCACCGCCGAAGCGACGUUUCUGCGGCACCUCGUCGCGCUGCACGCGCGCUUUCCGCGCCUGCGCAUCGUGCUCGAGCACGCCACGACGCGCGCCGCCGUCGAGUGCGUCAAGGCGCUCGGCGACACGGUCGGCUGCACCAUUACGCCCCACCACCUGGACCUCACCGUCGACGACUGGGCAGGCCGGCCCGUCAACUUCUGCAAGCCCGUCGCCAAGCAUCCCGAUGAUCGCGAGGCGCUCAGAGACGUGAUUCGCAGCGGCCACCCGCGCUUCUUCCUCGGCUCCGACUCUGCGCCGCAUCCUCUGGCGGCCAAGCUGCCCUCUGCCGUGUCGCACGGCGCCUCUGCGCUGGCGGCGCACGCCUGUGCCGCGGGCAUCUACACGUCGCCCAUCCUGCUGCCGCUCUGCGCCACGCUGCUCGAGAGCUUUGGCGCCCUCGAGCAGCUCGCCGGCUACGUCAGCACGCACGGCAGGGCGUUCUACGGCAUGCCGGCGCCGCAGGGAAAGGACGUCACGCUGGUGCGCCGCAAGAGCACGGUGCCGAUGAGCUAUGUGCUCGAGCAACAUCAGCACCUCCCGCAAGGCGCGCCGGAGAAAUGCGAGGUGGUGCCGUUCUGGGCGGGGAGGGAAUUGGAAUGGAGCCUGGAGCCGUAAACAGAAAGGGGCCAAGAAGAGGGGGGGGAAAGAGAAGCGGAAGCAAAUCGCAAUAGAUGAGUUUCUCACUCGCAAGAG